GACGACGGGCUGUUACCAGCUUUGUGCCAGCUUUACUUUAAAUUUUUAUAUAUCAGUGGUCGGUCACGUCAGCUUUGACUUUGACAGUUUUGACAUUCAAUUAAUUCAAUCUGGAGUGGAAUGUAUGGCUUGUGUCUUCAUCAAAUAAUAGAAUACUUAGUAUAAUUCUUUUCAUAUUCUUAAUAUCUUGACCACGUCUUGACAUUCCACAAGUCGGUGUCGCCACUGUCAGCAGCAAGUUCAUGCCAGUCGGCAACAAGACUAUUUAGAAUAAACUAAGCAGUGAGUGAGGGCGACACGACACGCAGAAAAGUGAUACUAAACUCAUUUUAGUACCACAAACAUUACGCAUAAUCAGAUGAAAUUACUGUAACUUCCUUCAUUGUGUCUGUAUCGCCAUGUCUAACAAAAAAUAUGGACUUAUUUUACCAGAGAAAGCUAAGCCUAAUAAACCUGUAUUUAAAGCAACAAGGAAUGUGUUUGGCAAUGAUUCUGAAUCUGAUGAUGACUCUAACAACAAACCAGUGUUACUGAGACCCAGUGACAACAUUAACCGCCAGGCAAAAAUUACCCAAAGUAAGGCAAUAGAAGAGGAUCCUACAAUAUAUCAGUAUGAUGAAAUAUAUGAUUCAAUGACCAUCAAGAAGGAAGAGAAGAAACAGAAAGUGAAGGAGCUUAAACAACCAAAGUAUAUUGAAAAUUUGUUAAAAACAGCUAAUAAAAGGAAAUUGGAAAAUGAAAGAAGGAUUGAAAGACAGGUUCAAAAAGAAAGAGAAAAAGAAGGCGAUGAAUUUAAGGACAAGGAGGUGUUUGUGACGUCAGCAUAUAAAAAGAAAUUAGAAGAUUUGCGUUUAGAGGAGGAGAAAGAACAACGUGAAGAAUAUUUAGAAAAAAUUGGAGAUGUUACUAAACAGAGGGAUUUAGGAGGAUUUUAUCGCCACUUAUACGAGCAGAAGUUGGGUUCAGACAAAGUAUUAGAUAAACCAGCGGAAACAAAGGACAGCCAUGCAGAUGAAACAUUUAAAAAUAAACGUAAACCUAAAACUGGUGAUAAUGAAGAUGUAGCAAAGAAAAGGUCUUAUAGGAAAAGAAAGUUAUCUGCGGAAAAUGACGGAAAUUUGUCUGAAGGAGAAAUUGUGGAUUCUGAUGAUGAAAUUAACCGAGUGAAUCUUGAUGACAUAAGGUCUGCUAAGAAACCAAAACCAGUUGAAGACAAUAUAGAUGCAGACUCUGAUUUUUCAAUUGAUUCUUCAAGUGAAGAUGCUGAUGAAACAAACAAGACAAAAGGGAAAAAGAUAAAGAAAAAUAUGGAGAAGAAUGAGAAUGUAAAGAAUGUUAAUGGCAAAAGUGAUGCUCCUGAAGAGAGGACGCCACCAAAACAAGUAGAAGUCAAAGAAACAGAAGUGGAGGCAAAAACGGAGGUAGCUCCAGCACCUAAACCCAAGAUAGACAUUUGGAAGAAAAGAACUGUGGGUGAAGUGUUUGAGCAAGCUUUGAAAAGGUACUAUGAAAGAAAAGCUGCUAAGGGGUAAUUAAAAGAUCUUUAUUAUCCUUACAUUACUUAAAACUACUAGAGUUCUUAGUAGAAAAUUCAUCUCUGGGAUCAUGUACUGUCUUCACUUGUAUUACACUACCACAUAAUGAGCUUUGCAGUGGACUGAAAAUAAACAAAUAAAAUAUAUAAGUCAGUAA